CUGUUUCUCAGACAUCGUGUUAUAGUGCAUACAGCUAACGAUUGUUAAUUCACUUAAAUGUGUUCAGGUAUGGUACAUCAUACUAAACAAUCAAAAUAGCCGCUAUGACUAUUACAUAACUUGUUAUGAGUCAAAAUAAUGUAAUGAGGUAGAGUUAUUACGUUAAAAUGACGAGAUAAUAUCUUGAAAUGACGAGUUAUUAAGUCUAAAUAAUGAGAGAUUAAGUCAAAAUCAUGACAUAGAGCUUCAGCAUUUUUCACAACUUGCACAGUUGACUAGUUGUGUACUUUUCCAUCUGUCUUUCUUAUUGAAGAAACCAUCACUUAUAGUGUGCUAUAUACACUAUACAUUGUGAAAGAUUAUAUGGUUAUAGAAAAUUAAAUUAUAAUUCUAGUACUGUGCAUGUUUUUACCACUAUAUAAUCUGUCUUUAAGAGGUGAUGCAGCCAUGCUGAUUAGAAAAAGACAUUUUUCAGCAGCAGCAAUUCUCAUGUUGCUGGCAGGAGUUCAGGCUCAGCAUAGUGUAACGCUUUUCUCACAGAGUCUCUGUGCUGUUACUGGAUCUACAGUAAAUAUUCCCUGCACAUAUUCGGGCCCUACUUAUCUCAGACAGAGUGAGUGGUAUCGAGUCCAGGGCUCUGAAGGAGAACCACAAGACCUGAACAAAGAUCCACAAUACUCAGGACGAGUGUCUGUAAACAGCCAGUGGUCUUCCUGUGAGCUGACGCUGAGGAAUGUAAGUGUGAGUGACUCUGGAGUUUAUAACUUCAGAUUUAAAGUCUCACAGAGAAGAGACUGGAUAUCAGCAUCAUCUGGAGUUCAUCUAACUGUUACAGACUUGCAGGUGAAGGUGGAUCCUAACACUGCAGGACAGAGAGAAGUGAAAGUGACCUGUAGCUCCACCUGCAGGCUCAGCACAUCCCGUUUCUACUGGUACAGGAAUGGCCAAUUCAGGAAAUACGCAACCGAUGCAUCGAUUGUGCUCGACUCCACCCGUUCAGUUAAUGCGGGCAGCUACUCCUGUCGAGUGUAUGAGAGUUCCUACUGCUCUCCCCCAGCGUGUGUAUUGGGUAAAGAAUGUUGGGGUGUGACUUACACUCCUGAUCGUGUGUGUGCUCUGAAAACUUCAUCGAUUGAUCUCUCCUGCGCUUAUAAACACCCUGCAGGCCUCACAGUCAUAAAAUCAGUGUGGUUCAUUAAAGAGCAGGUUGGUGUUGAGCCUGUGGAUGUGAGAGACUAUGAAGAGUAUCAGGAUCGAGUGCAGUACACACAGAGCUCCCAGAAUGACUGUAGUCUGAGAAUCACUAACCUGAGAGAGAGAGAUGCUCAGACCUACGGAUUCAGAUUCUACACUGCCUGGAACAAAUACACCGGCCGACCUGGAGUCACUCUGACUGUCACAGAUCUGAAGGUUACAGAAUCAGAUUGGUACACCUGGUACAGGAAGCUGAGCUGUGUCACCACCUGCACUCUGUCUAACAACCCCACUUACAUCUGGUACAAGAACGGACAGCGUGUUACUGACAAGGAGAGAAAUGAAAUGUAUCUGUAUGACAGUAGUGAGGAUGCAGGCAGCUACUCCUGCUCUGUAAGAGGACAUGAGGAGCUUCGCUCUCCUGCUGUCUGUGUUUUUGGUGAGAAGAGCUGCUGGAGUGUGACUUACUCCCCCCAGACUAUCUGCUCUCUGAUUGGCUCAUCAGUGGACAUACAUAGUUAUUACACCUUCCCUCAUCAUUACAAGGUCACAGAAGUGUUCUGGUUCAUUAAAAAGCAGGCUGAUGCUGUGGAUGUGAGAGAGGAUGAGGAAUAUUGGGGCCGAGUGCAGUACACACAGAGCUCCCAGAAUAACUGUAGUCUGAGAAUCACUAACCUGAGAGAGAGAGACGCUCAAACAUACAGAUUCAGCUUCUACAUUGGCUGGAAUAACUACAUCGGCCAACCUGGAGUCUCUCUGUCUGUCACAGAUCUGAAGGUUACAGUAUCAGACUGGGGUAUAUGGCAAGUGAAGUUGAGCUGUGUCACCACCUGCACUCUGUCUAACAACCCCACGUACGUCUGGUACAAGAACGGACAGCUUUUUACUGACCAGGACAGAAAUGAACUGUAUGUCGAAAGUGAGGAUGCAGGCAGCUACUCCUGCUCUGUAAGAGGACAUGAGGAGCUUCGCUCUCCUGCUGUCUAUUCCCCUAAAAACACCAUAGCAGAGGUUCUUUCAUCUGGAGAGACAGUGGAGGGGGAUACAGUGACUCUGAGCUGUAGCAGUGAUGCAAACCCUCCUGUUCUCACCUACUCCUGGUUUAAGCAGAUUGCAGAUGCAGACACACUGCUGACAACAGGCCAGAAUUACAGCAUCAGCAACAUCAGCUCCCAGCACAGCGGACUGUACUACUGCACUGCUCACAACCAGCUGGGACAUCACAACUCUCUACCAACCUUUCUAGAUGUGUUAUGCAAGUGUCAGUGUCUUAAAUCUGAUGUGGGCAGCCAGUGGAAGGAGCAUAGCAAUGGAGUGGUGGUGUGA